AUGGCUUUAAUAAUGAAGGCCAUUAACAAGUUCCGGGGAUGUGUUCGAUCAGUUGAACGCCUUAAUCCCAGUGGUGCUCCUGAGAUAGAUUUUAUGGGUCAGAACAAAAUCUUAUUUGCACAAGACCUAGAAGAGAGGAAAGGAUUACAAUAUAAUCAUGUAUGGCCCAUUCUUAAAGGGGCUGAGAAAUGGCUUGACAAUACCCCCAAAGAAAAUCCCAAACAAGGGUAUGAUUAUUUGGAAGGAUUUCAAAAUGGAUCCCUUGCAUCUACAUCCCUAGUAGCACCACCAUUCAUUGAUUUGGAUGCAAAUGAAGAGACUAUAGCAGAGGUCGACCAUCAUGUCGAUUCAUCGGGUCGUCCUAUAGGGAGGAAGAAAGAGAAGUUGAGAAAGAUGCAAAUAGUUGAUAAGAGUCAUCUCCUUGAAUCCAUUGUUGAAAGAAACCAAGAAAUCAUGGUGAAUUUGAAAAGAGGGCAAAAGCAAAGAGAAGAACGAUUUGCUAAAAUGGAAAAUGAUUCUGCAGCGCGUUUCUAA